AUGAACUGCCCCUCGCGAACCGAUGACACUCUGGAUCAUCCAGGUUGGAAUCAAAAUCCGUCCGACUUGAAUGCAGACGUAACCACUCGCAACGACUUCAACGGUAUUGCCAAUUCCAGAGUGCAUAGGGAGCAUGCAUCAGGUGCGGGAGCAGCAAUGGGGGAAAGCAUUGGGACUGUAGAGCCUCAACUACAUGGUCGGGAUCGAAACGAUACCGAGUCCGAGAAGAAGAUGCCUGGCGAAGUGGUCUCUGCAGCCUCUGGGUAUCAAACACCCGAGAGGAACAGUAGAUCACCUCGCCACUCCUUUAAAACUCCUAUCAAAUCAUCUUUUCUUCGUAUGGCGCAGAGUAUCGUGAAAUUUGCUCGCUUUGUGGGCCCCGGAUUCUUGAUCGCCGUAGCUUACAUUGACCCGGGAAAUUAUGCGACUGAUGUCGCCGCCGGUGCAGAAUAUCGAUAUGCUCUCUUGUUCAUCGUUCUCGUUUCCAAUCUCUUUGCCAUAUUCCUGCAAUCUCUAUGCAUCAAGCUUGGUACGGUAACUGGUUUAAAUCUAGCAGAAAACUGCAGAGAGCACCUUCCUCGAUGGCUAGUAUAUAUCCUCUACUUUCUCUCGGAGGCAGCCAUAGUUGCAACAGAUAUUGCAGAGGUCGUUGGUUCAGCAAUUGCACUCAACCUCCUUUUGAAAAUCCCUUUGGUGGCUGGAUGUGCGAUUACGCUUGCCGAUGUGCUUUUCAUUCUCAUCUUCUACAAACCUGACGGCAGUAUGCUGGGUUUACGUUUGUUUGAAUUUUUCGUCAUGGGUUUGGUGUUAGGAGUUGUUGUUUGCUUCUGCAUACAACUCUCACUCAUCAGGGACCAGUCAGUCGGGGAUGUAUUCAGGGGUUACUUGCCAUCAUCUGCUAUAGUAGAGUCUACGGGCUGUGGAAUCCUCGGCGCCACAGUUAUGCCUCAUUCGAUGUUUCUCGGCAGUGGUGUUGUCCAGUCGCGCCUGAAAGAAUUUGAUGUAACUGAAGGCUACGUCGACCCGUCCGUUUGUUUAGGAAGCACCAACGGGGAGGUUGAAUACAGGCCUUCUCUUCAUGCUAUCCGAGGGUGCUUGAAGUAUUCCAUCAUAGAACUUGCGGUGUCGCUUUUCACCUUUGCUCUUUUUGUGAACAGUUCUAUCUUGAUCGUCGCAGGCGCUGCGCUCUACGGAAACCCGGAUGUUGGCGAAGCUGAUCUCUGGGGUAUCCACGACUUGCUUUCUACUUCUAUUGCUCCAGCUGCCGGCCUGAUUUUUGGAUUGGCCCUGCUUCUCUCUGGAAUAUCCGCCGGAAUUGUGUGCACGAUGGCAGGACAGAUGGUGAGUGAGGGUAUGUUGAAUUGGAGCAUUAGACCCUGGCUCCGCAGAUUGAUCACUCGAUCCGUCAGCAUAAUCCCCAGUAUCGUUGUUGCAGGCGCCGUUGGCAGGAAAGGCCUGGAUAAAACCCUUACUGCUAGUCAAGUGGUGUUGAGUGUGAUUCUCCCUUUCGUGAGCGCCCCAUUGAUCUACUUUACCUGCCGCAACCGAUACAUGACCGUUCCAUCCGAUCGGAUUAGGCACGGCGAAGACCAGACCCAAACCGAAGGGGUGAAGAUGAAAAACAAUCUCAUUACCACUGUGGUGGCAAUCGUGAUAUGGUUGAUUAUUGCUGUCAUGAAUGUGGCUUUGCUUGUCUUAGUUGGUCUCGGCAAAGCCUAA